AUGCAAGACGAUAAAAUAAAUUCAAAAGAUGAAAUAUCAUCAAGCUCUUCUUGUGAAGAAAAUGAAGAAAACCAAAAUAUUUUGAAUCCCCCCAAUAGGCCAAAAAUGAGUAAAGGGGAAAGAAGAGCUAGAAAAAUGCUUGUAAAACUUGGCUUAAAGGCAAUUCCAAAUACCCACAAAGUUAUAAUUAAGAAAUCACAAAAAAUGAUAUUUGCCGUUUCCAAUGUUGAUAUAUAUCAAAUAGAAGGAACUGACUCUUAUGUCAUAUUUGGGGAUGCAAAAACAGAUGAAAUAACAAAUUCAUUUAACAGCCUCCUUCCAGAAAAUAACCCAAAUGAAGGUGAAACUCCUGCUGAACAAGAAGUCAAUUUUGAAGAUGCUGAAAAAGCUGACGAAAAAGUUCAAGACUUAGAAAAUGGCGAACAAGCAAAAGAUGUAUCAAUGGAUGAUGUCGAAUUAAUAAUUUCUCAAACAAAAUGUACCAAAGAAAAGGCCAUUGAAGUUUUGAAAAAAAAUAACAACGAUUUAGUUCAAUCUAUUAUGGAAUUGAGUGGUUAA